UGGAGGCGGCUGGAGGCCCCGGGGGCCUCUGAGCCAGCGGGAGUGGUCCUCUCGUCUCCCCUCGCCCCCCACCCCGUGGCUGGCAAUCAGUCUCUGUGGCGCGGACGAGAAAGGUCCUGAAGAUGGCCUAGUCAUAAGGCACCUUCCAUGACUGUGCGCAUUGUUCCCCGUGCCAGCCAGCUUGGACCAGUGGCUUCGUGUUGAGCGGAAGGAACUUGGGCACCCACUGAACCUCUUUCUGUGCUAAUUCAUGAGCCAGCAGGAUGCGGUCGCUGCGCUGUCAGAACGCCUUCUCAUAGCUGCGUACAAAGGCCAAGCGGAGAAUGUGGUUCAGCUCAUCAACAAGGGCGCCAAGGUAGCGGUUACCAAGCAUGGCCGGACCCCCCUGCAUCUUGCUGCCAAUAAGGGCCAUCUUUCUGUGGUCCAGAUCUUGCUGAAGGCUGGCUGUGACCUUGAUGUACAGGAUGAUGGGGACCAGACGGCCUUGCACCGGGCCACAGUGGUGGGGAACACGGAGAUCAUCGCAGCCCUGGUGCAGGAAGGCUGUGCCCUGGACAGACAAGACAAGGAUGGGAAUACAGCCCUGCAUGAAGCCUCCUGGCAUGGGUUCAGCCAGUCAGCCAAACUACUUGUUAAAGCUGGAGCCAAUGUACUUGCCAGGAACAAGGCAGGGAACACAGCCCUGCACCUGGCCUGCCAGAACAGCCACUCUCAGAGCACGCGUGUCCUCCUGCUGGGUGGUUCCCGCGCUGACCUCAAAAAUAACGCAGGCGACACCUGUUUGCACGUUGCUGCGCGCUAUAAUCACUUGCCCAUCAUUCGGCUCCUCCUCAGUGCUUUCUGUUCUGUCCAUGAAAAGAACCAGGCUGGAGACACAGCCCUGCAUGUUGCUGCUGCCCUAAAUCACAAGAAGGUAGUGAAAAUCUUACUGGAAGCUGGAGCAGAUGGAACCAUUGUGAACAAUGCAGGCCAGACCCCACUGGAGACCGCCCGCUACCACAACAAUCCAGAAGUUGCUCUGCUCCUCACAAAAGCUCCCCAGGUCUUGCGUUUCAGUCGUGGGCGAAGCCUGAGGAAAAGGAGAGAGAGGCUCAAGGAAGAAAGGAGGGCUCAGUCGGUGCCGAGAGAUGAGGUGGCACAGAGCAAGGGAAGUGUGUCGGCCGGGGACACUCCCAGCAGUGAACAGGCUGCUCUCAGAAAAGAAGAAGCCAGGGAAGAUUUCCUGUCCGCCUCUCCUGAACCCAGAGCAAAGGAUAACCGGAGGAGAAAGUCCAGACCCAAGGUGUCGGCCUUGUCUGACCCCACCCCAGCAGCUGACCAACAGCCUGGACCCCAGAGGAACUUUCAUACCCAUCAUCACCCCAAAAAGAAGAGCAAGCAUCGGGGUUCAUCCCCACCACCACCUCAUGAAUUCAGAGCGUACCAGCUGUAUACCCUGUAUCGGGGAAAGGAUGGGAAAGUGAUGCAGGCACCAAUUGAUGGGUGUCGCUGUGAACCACUCAUCAACAAGCUGGAGAAUCAGUUGGAGGCAACUGUGGAGGAGAUAAAAGCAGAACUGGCGGCGGUUCAAGACAAAAUGAACACGAAGCUGGGGCAGAUGGAGACGAAGACGCAGCACCAAAUGCGUGUUUUGGACAAGCUGAUGGUUGAGCGACUGUCAGCAGAGAGGACAGAGUGCCUGAAUCGCCUGCAACAGCACUCUGAUGCGGAGAAGCACGAGGGAGAGAAACGCCAGAUGUCCUUAGUGGAUGAAUUAAAAACCUGGUGCAUGUUAAAGAUUCAGAAUCUGGAACUGAAGCUUUCUGGAGAUUCUAGGACCUCCAGGGCUAAAUCCACACCAUCCACAUGUGACUCCUCUACAGGAAUGGACCCAUCGGUGGCAACUGCAGGUCCUGCAGUGACAUCGGACAGUUCCUCUCAGGUAGUUAGGCCCAAGGAAAAGGCCCUCAAUUCCACUGCUACCCAGAAACUCCAACAAGAGCUGUCUUCCUCAGACUGUACAGCCUCCCGGAUGAGGAAAGUCAAGGUCCAGGCAGGCCUGCUACCCUCCAGUGAGGCAGCUAAAGGUGACCAGCAGGCUGGGCCCUGUGUCAACAGAGGCACUCAAACCAAGAAGUCUGGGAAAAGUGGGCAGACAAGGCAUCGAGGCCAGCAGCCAGCAGCCAGCAGCAUCUGCGGUCCAGCUCCACCAGCAGCAGGUGGUGAGCAGACUGCCCCUCAUGUUCGAGAUGCUUCUCAAGCACUGGAGCUCACCCAGUAUUUCUUUGAAGCUGUUUCUUCCCAGAUGGAAAAGUGGUAUGAAAGGAAGAUUGAAGAAGCACGAAGCCAAGCCAAUCAGAAAGCCCAGCAAGACAAGGCCAUACUGAAGGAGCACAUUAAAAGUCUCGAAGAGGAACUUGCUAAAUUGAGGAGUAAGGUGCAGAAGGAAAAUUAAGACUUGGGAACAAAGGAAGAUUCUUAAAUUUUGGGUUCUGCAACUGCCAAAUAGCUACACCCAGGGAAUCGCUUAUUGUAUGCAGACUUUGCCUUUUAAGAAAAAUCGCCAAUUACUAAAAUAUGCCAGACACCUGCUUCUUAUGCUUGGAAGUAUUACAAUGUCAACAACGAGGCUGAAACCAGGGGAAGCUUGCUUAGUUUCAGGUUUCAUUAGAAGCUGUAAACCUCAAGGCAAGUUCAUCUGGAGUUCAAAAGCUCAGUUUUAGCAAGUCACACUAAGAAAUCAUGUGAUGUUUAUGUCUAGAUCCUAAACUUUCAAGACAUGUAAAAGAAGUCAAAAGCAGGGCCUGCCUGGUACUGGGGGCUCACCUCUAGAAUCCUAGCUACUCAGGAGGUUGAGAUCUGAGGAUCAAGGUUCAA